UCUCUCGUCACAGACCACUUUGUUGACGGAAGCAACAGGUUCUUCCCAUAAUGCAACAGAAAUGUACGUGGCAUGAUUGCGCAUGUGGUAUUUUACCGGAUGUCAUUCUUCUGUACGUGGCAAACACUUCGUAUGUUUUGACUCGUGUUAAAACUGUGCAUAUAAUAAGUGUGUUGUGGCAAAGAAUUGUUAAAUUCUAGACAGAUUUUGAAGACAGGUACCCAGAAUUACAUGUAUUACAAGACAAUGACACAAUGAAUCCAAACUAUCCUGGAAGUACUCAAGGACAGAUGCCACCCACCGGGUACGGAGCACCUAACAUGAACCCAGGACAGAUGCGACCCCCUGGCCCAGGACACAUGAGCAAUCCUGGAGGUUAUGGUGCACAACCUAAACCAGGGCCAGGGCAAUAUGGAAUGCCCCCUACAGCAAAUGGACCACAAUAUCCAAACAUGGGACAGCCUGGAAGUGUGCCUGGUAAACCACCAGAUAUGAAUAAUUUUCAAAGACCUCCAAUAAGUAUGCAAAACAACAUGGCCCCGGGCAUACCCCCUCAACCAAGGCCUCCUACUAUGAUGUCACCUCCAUCAUCAGCAAGUCAGAUUUCAAAUGGUAUGAGUGCCAUGAAUAUAUCACAACCAAGAGGCCCUGCUCCAAAUCAAACCUAUGGUGCUCCCCCCUCAUCAUCUGGACAACCACCUAUGUUUCCACCGGGUGGACCAAAUAUGCAAGGUAGUUCUGGCUUACCUCCAACAAAUCAGAUGGGUGGCAUGCCACGGCCACCCACAAGCCAGAUGGGAGGUUCUGCUCCAGGUCAGUUUGGAGGCAUGACAGCUCCACCCAGCAGUCAGUAUAGUGGAGGCCCUCCAAGUCAGUAUGGAGGUGCUCCACCUACAAGUCAAUUUGGAGGUGCUCCACCAACAAGUAAAUUUGGAGGUGCUCCACCAACAAGUCAAUUUGGAGGUGCUCCACCAACAAGUCAAUUUGGAGGUGCUCCAUCAACAAGCCAAUUUGGAGGUGCACCACCCACAAAUCAGUUUGGAGGGGCUCCACCUGUAAGUCAGAUGGGAGGAAUUCCAACAAGUCAACAUGGAGGAGCGGCAGGACGACCACCCACAAUGCCAGGGAUGCCUCCACCAUCAUCAUCCAGUUUUGGUAUGCCCCCUCAUUCUAUGCCAGGGCCCCCAUCUGGCCCUCCCACAGGAGCAAAUCAAGGUCCUCCAUCUGGAAUGUCAAUUACAGACAGAUAUGGACAAGGUCCACCAAGUGGACCUCCAUCCGGACCCAACAUGCCUCCUACUGGGUCUGGUUCAUUUCCUCCUGCACCAGGACCAGGGGGUUUUCCUCCAUCCAGUCAGUAUGGUGGAUCUGGGCCAGGGCAGUUUCCUCCUCAACCAGGUCAGGGACCCCCAGGACAAAUGCCUCCACAGCCAGGACAGCAACGGUAUCCAGGAGGAACAAUGCCGGGGCAAACCUUCCCGCCCAACUACCCAGGAGCUCAACCAAUGGCAGGACCUGGUGGAAUGCAGCAGCCAUCUGGACCUAAGAAACUGGAUCCUGACCAAAUGCCAAGCCCAAUUCAAGUGAUAGAGGAUGACAAAGCCAACAGGAGUGGAAAUUUUCAAACAGGCAAAGGAGCAGUACCACCGUUAGUUACUACCAAGUUUGUGGUACAGGACCAAGGAAACUGUAAUCCUCGGUUUAUGAGAAGCACGAUGUACAAUAUUCCCUGUACCUCAGACAUGCUAAAGAAUUGUCAUGUGCCAUUUGCUCUAAGCAUAAGUCCAUUUGCCAAGCUUCCAGGAGAAGAGUAUAACCCUCCCAUAGUUAACCUAGGAGACGUAGGACCAGUCAGAUGUAAGAGGUGUAAAGCCUACAUGAAUCCUAACAUGAUGUUUAUUGAUGGAGGCAGGAGGUUUCAGUGUGUAUUUUGUGGAGCAUCUACUGAUGUACCAGCAGAGUAUUUUGCACAUCUGGACCACACAGGAAGGAGAAUUGACAGCUAUGAUAGGCCUGAACUCUGCCUGGGCUCUUAUGAAUUUGUAGCUACAAAAGAUUACUGUAAGAAUGGGUUGUUGCCAAAUGCACCAGCAUUUAUAUUUAUGAUUGAUGUGUCCUAUAACAGUAUAAAAAGUGGAUUAGUCCAUUUAAUAUGUGAAAGAUUAAAAGAAGAUGUCUUAGUUAAUCUGCCAAAAGAAGUUGGGCAGGACGAAUCAGAAAUAAGAGUUGGAUUUGUUACAUAUGCGAAAGAAAUUCACUUUUAUAAUGUAAAGAGUAACUUGGCCCAGCCUCAGAUGUUGGUUGUGUCUGAUUUAGACGAUGUGUUUGUGCCACUGUUGGACGGAUUCCUGGUCAAACUCUCAGAAUCCGAGGCCGUUAUUGACAGUCUGUUAUCUCAGAUCCCACAGAUGUUUGCCGAGUCACGGGAGACAGAGACUGUGUUAGGACCGGUCAUUCAGGCUGGUUUGGAUGCUUUAAAGUCUGCAGACCGGAGUGGAAAACUGUACAUUUUUCACACAUCCCUGCCAAUUGCAGAGGCUCCAGGGAAACUAAAGAACAGAGAUGAUAGGAAACUAUUAGGAACUGAGAAAGAAAAAACUAUUCUGACUCCCCAGAACACCUUUUACACCAAACUCGGUCAGGAGUGUGUUACUGCAGGUUGUAGUGUAGACGUGUUUUUGUUCCCUAAUGCCUAUAUUGAUAUCGCCACCAUAUCGGAAGUUUGUCGACUUACAGGAGGAAACUUGUACAAAUACAGUUACUUCCAGGCUGACUUGGAUGGAGAUCGUUUCUUGGAAGAUCUGAAGUAUAAUGUGAUGAACCAGACUGCCUUUGAUGCUAUUCUGCGCGUUAGAGCCAGCACAGGCAUUCGAGCAGUGGACUUCCUUGGCAAUUUCUACAUGUCGAAUACAACUGAUGUCGAGAUGGCAGCAAUAGACCGAGAACAAGCUAUCAAUGUUGAGAUUAAACAUGACGAUAAAUUAAAUGAGGCUGAUGGUGCUUUUGUCCAGGUAGCAGUGUUGUUUACAAGUGUUGGAGGACAAAGAAGAUUAAGAAUACACAAUUUAGCUCUGAACUGCUGUACUCAAAUGGCUGACCUCUUUAGAAACACUGAACUUGAUACUCUUGUCAACUACAUGGCAAAACAUGCUGUGAGGACAGGCCUAAACUCGAAUCCCAAACAGGUGAGAGAAGGCAUAAUGAACCAGGUGGCCCAGAUUUUGGCUUGUUACAGGAAGAACUGUGCCUCCCCAUCAUCUGUAGGACAGCUUAUUCUCCCAGAAUCUAUGAAGCUCCUUCCUUUGUAUGCAAACUGCAUCGUCAAAAGCGAUGCCCUACAAGGCGGGUCUGAGAUAUCUACUGAUGACCGAAGCUAUCUAAUGCACAAACUCAAUGCUAUGGAUGUUGCAUCAUCUCAAGUCUUCUUCUAUCCUAGUCUUAUACCCAUGCAUGACUUGGAUUCUCAUGGAGACCGAGUUCCAACGGCUGUCAGGUGCUCAAUGGAGAGACUUAGAGACAAUGGAGUAUAUCUUUUGGAAAAUGGCAUCUCAAUGUUCCUAUGGAUUGGACAUAAUGUGGAGCCUCACUGGGUCCAACAGGUGUUCUCUGUACAAAGUGCUGCCCAGAUAGAUAUUGAUAAGUGUAAAUUGCUUGAACUCGAUAAUCCUGUGUCACAGAAAUUAAAGGAUAUGAUAAAUUCAAUACGAAGUGAACGAUGUAGAUAUAUGAAGUUAACAAUUGUGCGACAAAGAGACAAGUUGGAGCCCUGGUUCAACCACUUCCUGGUAGAGGACAAAGGUCACAGCGGAAGUGCUUCUUAUGUGGACUUCUUGUGUCACAUUCAUAAGGAAAUUCGGAACUUGUUGAGCUAAAGGAAAUGCAUCAUGAUGUACAUAUAAUUCGAGUACUGAUCACGCCAGAAAUUCAUUGACUGGAGAAAGACACCACAAAAUCAGGGAAUCCUCCAGAAAAUUUCACAGAAAUAUGUACUAUUUUUGAUAGACUGUGAGUCGUGCGUAUUUGGGAGGGCAUGAUAUGAUACAUGUGAUAUGUGUUUUAUUUGUCUGUGCAUUGGCAUGGAUCUCUGUGAUAUUUACCAACAUAAUGAAGUAAAGACAGAACCUGUCUGUCAUUGCCCUGUAUCAGCCAAAUUAACAACAAUGUUCCAAAAUGCUAAUCAAUUUCCGUUCUAUACCAUCUAAUGAUAUGUACCUAAUCCAUGGGAAAAAUGCGAUACUAAUUGCAAAGUAACUGUUCAUUUUGAACUACUCAUCUGUUCAGCAGGAUAUUGUAAAUGUGCUUUAAAAAUAUUUAUUCAUGACUUAAAUCUUUUCUGUACCUAAGCAUUAUUUGAUAUAAAUAAUGAAUGAAAAUAGGUGAAUGUUAUAUGGGUGGGAAUUUUUAUCUUUCAUGAAUUUUUAUUGCAUGUUUUCAGCCAUGCAUAUUUUUUUCCAUUUUGAGGAUGUAUACAUUGUCAGAGCUGAAUGUAUUUAUUUCACAUUUGAAUACAUGAAAUAUGUUGUAUAACUUUGUUAACAACAAUCAAAGAGUCUGGCAGUACAUACAUGUAUGUGAUAAGUCUGUGUGUUACAUUAAAUUCAAUUUUCACACUAUGGAGUGAAUAAGACAGCUUAAUUAUCUAGUCUAUAAUAGUGUUCUCGUAAUAGAGGUUGUCUUGUAGAAGACCGUAGUAUGAGAGCAUCAGACCAGUGUUAACAAGUGGCAAAUAAAUAAUUCAGAGAACAACUUCACAGAA